UUUUUCAUCCAUUAAGAAAAUACCUCCUUAGUCAAUCACUGUUCUUCAAAUGCUUGAUACAUAGUAACAGUUAACCCCAGAUUCGGGCCUACCUCUUUACAUCAAACUCCACUGAUGAAUAAUGGGCCACCCUUUUUUCAAACAGUGGACCCUCAGAUGUCUGUGGCUCCAGAACUGGCCCAAAGUGGGGAGCUGCCCUGUAUCCGAGCUAGACAGUACUUUUAAUUCCAUUUUUAAAACAAGGAGACAGAGACACAGAGAGGUUGGAUGGAUGACGUUCAAGAUCACAUAGGUGGUUAAUGGGGAGAAUGCAAACGCAGGCAUGUGGCUCCGGGACCUGCUUUCCUCACUGCCGUAUGUGUGUGAAAUUAAGGCAGCUUGUGUGUGCACAUAAUCAUCAAGUCCACAAAAAUAGCCUGAAAAGCCCUUCUGGACACUUGGUUUAGGGAGAAACCAAAAAUAAACGUGGCUAUGAUUUAUGGAGUGUUUAAAAUGGGCCAUGCCUUAUUCUGAGACUUUACGCAUACAAAUGCGGUUACUUCUCACAGCAUAUUUAUAAGGGGUUGUGCCCAUUUUUUAUAAAUGAGGAAACUGAGUCACUGGGAAUUUAAGCCACUUGUUUAAGGUCACAGGGGAAUGUGGCAAGACGAAUAUGCAAAUACGGCACCUAUAGUCUGGUGUGUGUUGUAGAGAUGGCACAGGCUCCCAAGGGCUUCAGCCCAGCGUGGGCCACUUCUGAACUGAAUCCUAAUGGGGAGCAGGAACAAGAUUGUCGGAAAAUGAGAUCGUUGGGGGAAGGUGCACCUGGCCGGGGAGACCACACAUGCAGAGGCCAGGAGGCAGGAAUGUACUGGGCUCAUUUUGUGAGACCUGCAAGGGCUUGUGGGAGGCAGGAAGAGGCGAGAUGGGCCAGAGUCUGAAUCAAAAGGUUGACCCCACUGCGGGACAGGAGAUCUAGCCCUGCCUGGCCUUGGUGGUAACUGUCCUCUUGUGAGAUGGAGAAGUGAGACAUCCCUCUCUCAGCUGCUCCACCCAUCAAGGAACUCUGAGUGCAUUCACACAGCAGCAGGGAAGCAGCACCUAAUACCGGGGUGUCUUACUUCAACCAAGUGGGGACGCGGCCUUGGCGGGAUAAAGUGGGCAGAAGAGGGGGCUGGACGGGAGACCCCGUGGCCAGGGGUGCAGGACCGCCUGGAGGCGAGGACCCAGGCGAGGGCGGGGCUGGGAGCUCUCACACUGGAGCCUCCACUUCCUCCUCCUCCCUCCCGCCCCGGCCUGUGGCCUCACCGUGGGGCUGGGAAAGGGGAAAUUGUGCCGAUUAAAGUCCAGCAGGUGGAAGUCCAGGGCUGGGACACCUGGGUCCCUCGGCAGUGUCUGAGACAUGACCAGGGCUGGCGGGGGCCUCUGGGCCUUCGGGAGCCUGGUGCUGCUGGGGCUGUGCAGCUGGACAGGAGCCAGGGCCAAUGCCCCCAACCCUGUCAGGAACCUGAGCGUGGAGGCUCAGACCACCAACUCCAUCACCCUGAGGUGGGAGGCGCCCGAUGACCCUGACUCUCAGGACUACACCUACUGGAUCCAGUGGACUGGUGAUGGUGACAAACUUGAGAACAGAAGCACAACAAACACCAGUGUCACCGUGGAUGGACUGAAACCUGGGUCCUCGUAUGAAUUUUCCGUGUGGGCAGAGAAGAAUGGAACUGGUAGCUCCUGGGAAACGCUCAAUGCCACCACAGCCCCCAACCCUGUCGGGAACCUGAGCGUGGAGGCUCAGACCACCAGCUCCAUCACCCUGAGGUGGGAUUCGCCCGAUGACCCUGGCAGUCAGGACUACACCUACUGGAUCCAGUGGACUGGUGAUGGUGACAAACUUGAGAACAGAAGCACAACAAACACCAAUGUCACUGUGGAUGGACUGGAACCUGGGUCCUCGUAUGAAUUUUCCGUGUCGGCGGAGAAGAAUGGAGUCUAUAGCUCCUGGGAAACGCUCAAUGCCACCACAGCCCCCAACCCUGUCAGGAGCCUGAGUGUGGAGGCUCAGACCACCAGCUCCAUCACCCUGAGGUGGGAGGCGCCCGAUGAGCUUCAGGACUACACCUACUGGAUCCAGUGGACUGGUGAUGGUGACACACCUCAGAACAAAAGCACAACAAGCACUACUGUCACCGUGGAUGGACUGAAACCUGGGUCCUUGUAUGAAUUUUCCGUGUUUGUGGAGAAGAAUGGAGUCUAUAGCUCCUGGAAUAAUCUCAGUGCCACCACAGCCCCCAACCCUGUCGGGAACCUGAGCGUGGAGGCUCAGACCACCAGCUCCAUCACCCUGAGGUGGGAUUCGCCCGAUGACCCUGGCAGUCAGGACUACACCUACUGGAUCCAGUGGACUGGUGAUGGUGACAAACUUGAGAACAGAAGCACAACAAACACCAAUGUCACUGUGGAUGGACUGGAACCUGGGUCCUCGUAUGAAUUUUCCGUGUUGGCGGAGAAGAAUGGAGUCUAUAGCUCCUGGGAAACGCUCAAUGCCACCACAGCUCCCAGUGAAGUCACGGAUCUGCAGAAUGAAACUCAGACCAACAACUCAAUCACUCUGUCGUGGGAGGCCCCCCAAGACCCCCAUUCUCGUCUCUACAUAUACUGGGUCCAGUGGGCCAGUGAGGGACAUCCUGAGAGGGGGCAAGGUCUCCAAGGACUUCAGACCAACCAGACAGGCAGGAUCAGGUAUGAGGUGAAGGCCCUGGAGCCCGGGACUCUGUACACCUUCAGCGUGUGGGCAGAGAGGAACAAUGUAACCAGUUCCAAACAGAGCCUCCACGUGUCCACAGUUCCGGAUCCCGUCACCAUCAUCUCCUGCAUCAGCAUCCCUGGGGGCUAUGGGGUCAUCCUGACCUGGUCUUGUCCCCCAGGAGGCUACCAGGCCUUUGAGUUGCAGGUGGGUGUGCAGCGGGACUCCCAGGACAAUUCCUCCUGUGAGAAGGGCGUGUCUGUGUCGGGUCUGCAGCCAGCUCGGUCCUACCCAGCCACCGUUACGACUGUCUGGGAUGGAAUGAGGGCCCUGCCUGUCUCCGAGAUCUGCCACACCGACAGUGCAGGGGUCAUCGCCGGAGCCAUUAUUGGUGUCCUUCUGCUUCUCAUCCUGGUGGGCCUACUGGUUUUCUUCCUGAAGAGGAGACGUAAGAAGAGUGAGAAGAAAGCAGCGCCCAUGGAUCCGGACUGUUGCUUUACAGGGGACAUCCAGGCAGAAGACUUCGCUGACCAUGUCAGGGAAAAUGCGAAGGACAGCAACUGUGGUUUUGCAAACGAGUACCAGCAAUUGGCCCUGGAGGGCCACAACCAGUCUCAGACGGUGGCCUUAGCUCCAGAAAACAGCGCCAAGAACCGUUACAGAAACGUGCUGCCCUAUGACUGGUCCCGCGUGCCCCUGGAGCCCCUCCAUGAGAAGCCAGGCUCUGACUACAUCAACGCCAGCUUCAUACCUGGUCUCUGGAGUCCCCAGGAGUUCAUUGCAGCCCAGGGCCCCCUGCCCCAGACCGUGGGUGACUUCUGGCGCCUGGUGUGGGAACAGCAGAGCCACACCUUGGUCAUGCUGACCAACUGUGUGGAGUCCGGCCGGGUGAAGUGUGAGCAUUAUUGGCCUCUAGAUGCCCAGCCCUGCACCCAUGGGAGCCUACAAGUGACCCUGACGGAUGAGGAGGUGAUGGAGAACUGGACAGUACGAGACCUGAAGCUUUGGCACAUGCAAGAGCAGAAGGCUCUAUCUGUGCGUCAGUUCCACUACAUGACCUGGCCAGACCAUGGCGUCCCCCACUCCCCAGACCCCUUGCUGGCUUUCUGGAAGAUGCUCCGGCAGUGGUUGAACCAGACCAUGGGGGGAGGCCCCCCCAUCGUGCACUGCAGUGCUGGUGUGGGCCGCACGGGCACCCUCAUCGCCCUGGACGUCCUCCUGCGGCAGCUGGAGUGUGAGGGUCUCGUGGGGCCCUUCAGCUACUUGAAGAAGAUGAGGGAAAGCCGGCCGCUGAUGGUGCAGACUGAGGCCCAGUACGUGUUCCUGCACGAGUGCAUCCUGCGGUUCCUCCAGCAGUCCUCCCUAAUCCCAGCCAAGAAGGAGCCCAUGUAUGAGAAUCUGCUCUACAAGAAUGUGGCCGCCAUCCAGGCCGAGCAGCAGGAGGCAUAAGCUGCAGGAGGGCUGAGACCCCAGCCCAGCUAGGAUCAAACUCUGCAUCCCUACUUCACCCCAGAUUCCAGGACCCCUGGGAGAGCAGAGGGCUGGGGUCCCAGACUCCUGGGCCCUGCAGGAGGAGGGGGCUGGCAGUCUAAACUAUUUCCUUGGGGGAGGAGGUCAGGUGGAAGCUGGGAUGCUGGAUUCCUGCUUCCUCAGAGGGGAGGGAUGGGAGCAAGGAUUUCCUCAUUCUUUGAGGGAGGAGGACCCCGGAGGCCCGGGCUGCAGGGUCUCAAGGAAACAAGCUGAAUUCCAAGGAAGGAAAGAACUAGGGUCUGGAAAUCUGGCUACCCAAGGAGCAAGGGCAGGCAGGAUCUUGCUCAUCUUUUACUCGAGAAACAAAAUCAGUCUUCCAGGGUCUGAGGUUUCCCUGCACCUCAUUGCCUGUACAUUUUUUUUUCUAUCCCAUAAUUUAUUAAAUCACUGUUCUCCCCAGA